AUGACGAGUAGACUCAAGCGCAAGCUCAAUGACCUCGGCGUCGACCCCUCAAGUGCAAAGGCGAACGAGUCCUUCUGCUUGAUUGGGACACCGCUGCCGCCCCUCGAGAAGUCCAAGGAUACUGGCGAAUUCGUGCCAUUAUGGAAGCAAGAGGUGCGGGAUGAGAAGGGACGAAAGCGGCUACAUGGAGCGUUCACGGGAGGCUUCUCAGCUGGUUACUUCAACACUGUUGGGUCAAAAGAAGGAUGGGCUCCCUCGACGUUCGUUUCUUCGCGAUCCGGCCGGGCCAAGGCGAAAGUCGCGCGUCCCGAAGACUUCAUGGACGAGGAGGAUCUCGCAGAACUGAGAGAGGGUCGGAAACUGGUAGACGAGAGCGAGGAAAUGGACUUCGGUGGCACAGAAGCUGAACUACAACGGCGGGCAGGCGCAGAUGUGGACAAGGAACUGGAGAAUGAACCCAUUACUGCUGUCCUGGAAGCCUCGCUAGCCCCCGCCCCUAAAGAUUCUGUUGGUGCGCGAAUACUUAAGAAGAUGGGCUGGCGUCUAGGCCAAGGUAUUGGUCCUCGUCUCACAUACGCACAGCGGAAAGCGCAGGAUGCAGGCCGCUACGAUGCAGUUGGAGAGAUGGCAGGAGAUGAGGAGGAUGAGGAGGCGGCGAAGCACCUAUAUCCGCGGCGAGACACGCCCGUUCUGCUGGCCUCGCGCAAGGGUAACUUCCAUGGGCUAGGCUACGUCCCUGGCAUGCGGUUGGAGGAACAUAUUGGCACCGGGCGGGGUGACGAGCGGGAGAGAGGCCCGCGAAUAGCGACUGGAUUCGGUCUUGGCGCACUGAACGAAGCUGACGAGGACGAUUUGGAUGUAUAUGAUAGUGGCAUAGCUCGCCAUCGACAUUCACAUCUAGCAUUUGAUGCUGCGGAUGAAGAUAACGGCAGGCCCGUUACUAUGGGCGGUUCUAGCGCUCGUCAAUCGACGCAUGCGCAUGAAAAUAGAGUAACGACUGGGGUGUUUGCACAAACGUUCAACGAUGGCCGCCCGGUACUGAAGGGCUUUGUGCUGUCUGAUCGGCCAGUCUCUGAGGACCGUUGGUUCCCCCUGCCGGAAGUGCCAAGGGGUUGGACUCCCAAUCCUCACAGGGUCUGGGAGCAGGACACGAAUAAAGAGAAUAUCAAGCAUGAAAUCAGCAGCCAUGUUGCUCCUGGGAAACCGCAGACACACACUCAAUGGAAGGAGAGCUUCAUAUCCGCGGAUCAGCGAGGAUCGAUAUUGGGCGAGAUGCCGUUGCCAUCCGAACCGCGUUCUAUAUUUGAAUACAUGUCUCAGAAAGAUAGGGAGCGAUUGCAAAAUAUCAAGAAUGCAAUCUCCGGUCCGUCAUCCACUGCGCCUUCCCCAGCGGCCCCGCCUCCCACACAGCAUGUGCCUGGGGAGAUAGAUAUACCAUAUAUCCAUCCCUCAGUCGCCAAAGCGGCCCUACAAGGCUUUCAGCCCUUCAUCACUGAUCCUGUCAAACAGUCCCGCUACACUGCCUUCCUUUACUUUCAAGCCUCACGCGGAUCCGUGGUACCCGGAGCUCCGAAUGAGACCGGUAUUGGGAUUGGCCCCACUCCAGGACAGUCCAUUGAGGAGUUAAACAAGGAGCUUGAUGACUAUGCGAAGGCGGCGGCGGUGUUCAAGCCGCUCUCGGGAGCUAUGGCAGACCGUUUUCGGAGCGCAGUAGUGGUUGAGAUGGGCCCGGCCAUUGUGGAGGGCCUCCGUCACCCCACGCACUCUAAUCUGGAAGAGGAGCAGCAGCCGGAAGUGGAAGAAGAGAAGAAGGAAGAGGACCCCAAGAUGGGCGCCGUGCGGCUAGGGAUGUAUGGCCCGCUGACACGGGAGGUGCAGCCGUGGCAGCCGGCGCGGUUACUGUGCAAGCGUUUCGCUGUCAAGGAUCCUGAGGUGGAUAUGAGUGGCGCGGAGGGGACAGGCAAUGCUGACUUUACCCCGACGGCCGCGGUGAAACAAGGCACACAGGCGGAUGCGGCGAUGUCAGAAGCUUCGGUUAUCACGUCGGGCUUGGUCAGUGCGGGCGCGAUAACGGAUGGGUCGAGCGGUGGCGCGCAGAAGAAGGGUACCGUGGACUUGGCGAACGUGGGACUAGGGGAGGACGACGAUCAGGGGCGCGACACACUCACGUAUCAAAGACCGGCCAUGGACGUUUUCAAGGCGAUCUUCGCUAGUGACGAGGAAGACAGCGAAGACGAGGUUGCAAGUGAGAAUCCGGAGAAGGCCUACAAUAAGGUGGAUCUUGACGAGACGUCUGCCCCACAGCCUGGCGUCCAGGUCGAGGCGGAAAUGGUACCCUCCCAUCUCACUGCUGGCGAUUCAACUACCGCGUCUUAUGUACUUGCGAAGGAAGGCGCCGCGGCUACUUCUACAUUGCCGGAGAAAGUGGACCUUGCAUCCUUCAAGCCCACAUUUGUUCCGCGCUCUGAACGAGAAUCUCGCAAAGAUAAGAGCAAAGACAAGGAUAAGAAGGAGAAGGACAAGAAGAAGAAGUCGGCAAACAAGGCCACCCUUAUGUCGUUUGAUGUGGAAGAGGACGGCUUCGGGCUCAACCUUGGCGCGGUGCGUCGAGAGAAGGACAAGGACAAGGAACGGAAGAAGAAGAAACUCAAGGAGCACAAGGAGAAAGAGGAGGACGACAGUAUGUGGGUGGAGAAGCCACUGCCAGAAGCAGUGAAGAGCAUCGUGAUGGACAUCUCUCCGCCUGAUGUGCCUGCGCGUGCGUCAGCCGAGCCGUCACCAGUCGUUACUGCGGAAGGAGAGGUGAAAGGUCCACGGGGGAGAAAGAGAGCGAUAGAUUUCAUGUAG